GCCGGCCCGAAGCGAUUCCCCAGCCCGGAUGGAUGGGUUCCGGGAGUCCGAAUCCUGCCCGGCGGCCAUCUUCUAGAACCAUCCGGCAGCCUCCUUUCCGUCCUAAACCCGAGAGUAACAAAAUCCUUAUCCCAAGCUUAGCAGCCUCGGUCUCCUCGGUUUCUCCUCCUCCCCGAACCCUCGCUCCAUCACUCUCUCCCUCUCCCACUCCCACUCCCACUUCGGCGCGCGCUCAGCUGAAUCCUGCCGCAGGAGCAAUGGCGUCGGUGCAUCUGUGCGGCCCGAAGGUGGCGUCCGCGGCGAUGGCAAAGCCGGCGUUGGCGGACGGGCUCCGUGUCCCCACUUCGUCGUCGGCGCGUCCCGUGCCGACGGGGCGGAGGCUCCGGGGCCUCGUCGUCAGGGCCGCCACGGUCGUGUCCCCCAAGUAUACUUCUGUGAAACCAUUGGGAGAUAGGGUACUAGUGAAGACCAAGACUACUGAGGAUAAAACUGCUGGAGGGAUAUUGCUUCCAACAACAGCUCAGUCAAGACCACAAGCAGGGGAGGUUGUUGCAGUUGGAGAGGGGAGAAGCUUAGGCAGCAACAUCGUCGAGAUCAGUGUUCCGGUUGGUGCCAAAGUUAUUUACUCUAAAUACGCUGGCACCGAGUUGGAAUUCAAUGAUACCACCCACCUCAUUAUGAAAGAAGAUGACAUCAUUGGUAUUCUUGACACUGAUGACGUGAAAGAUCUGAAGCCACUGAGUGACCGUAUUCUCAUUAAGGUUGCAGAGUCUGAAGAGGAAACUGCUGGCGGUUUGCUAUUGACACAGGCGUCGAAAGAGAAGCCUUCUGUUGGAACAGUGGUUGCUGUUGGACCCGGGCCAUUGGGCGAUGAUGGCAGCAGGACGCCAUUGUCAAUCACUCCUGGAAGCAGCGUGCUGUACUCCAAGUAUGCAGGAAGCGAGUUCAAGGGUUCGGAAGGCGAGUACAUCGUUCUCAGGUCAUCCGACGUGAUAGCCGUGCUGUCAUCAUAAGCUUGUCCUGCCCUGCCCUGCUCAUGUGAACUAGGAAUUUUGAUAUUUAGUCCAAAACCUUGUUUGGUUAUUGCUCUUUGCUUGUGAUUGGUGAAUCGUGAAUUGCUUCUUCGCUCCAUCGUGGAAAUGCUGCUUGAUAGUUUAAUAAGAUGACCGCUUAGACUUCA